UGCAAACGGUGGUCCUCUACGAUUUUUUAAAUCAACAAAGAUAACUUUACCGAACUUAUAGAAAAGGUCCUGAAUGUCUUUGGUUCUUAUAUCGGGUGGUAAAUUGCCCACAUAAAUUCUACAUUCAUUCCUACCGCCGUGAGACAUAUUCACAGUUUUUAUUACCGUUCAAUGUAUUCCAGACACGUAUAAAAACACUUCAAAACAAUUUUUAAUCGGUCCAAAAAUCUCGCACUAUUUCUAUUGAUGAAACAAACAAGAUGGAGGUACCGGUCGAGAUGAAGCGUGAUCACGAAAGGCACAGAAAAUCAAGAACGUUAAACGAAUGUGAACGAACCUAUCAGACAUUUUUGUGUAGCUAACGACCAAUUAAGUAUCGUGUCACGCAUUAUUCUUCUUUCUCUCACCAAUCAGCGAUUUAUAUUUGAAAGAUGUAACUUUUAUUUAUUUAAUUUAUAAAAUUAAUUAUUUUCAACGUAAUCAUGCUGGUUCGUACGUAAUAUAAAUGAAAAAGUGUACUUAAUUGAGUACAUCCUUUAGUUAAAACAUCUUCCAAUCGAUCUUGUAAUAAGAUGUUUUAUUACAAUUUCUGUGAAUAUUGUUCUAAUUAAAAAUUAUAUAACACGAAAUUAGAUCUUUAUUUUAUAUAAAAUAUUCUUACAUAUAAUAAGUGUAAUAAACUUAAAUUGUAGGUGGCACUCCGUGGAGUUAGUCACACCUGUUAUAUCUUGUUUACAUAAAUUAUUUUAACCUCGAUAUGUACAAAUAUAAUAAGUGGUUAUAUUAUUCAUUACUUCCUUCCUAAAACAGAAUUGUUUUAUUGUUAAUACAGUAAUAAUGAAGCUGAUCGUGAUACAAUCAUAUAAUGAAUUUCAUCAGUUUGUAUUUUCAAAUAAUCGGUAGCCCCAGCGAAGUUAUUUUAAACAAUGUAUGAACAGGCAUUAUAAAAUUUAUAAACAAUAAAAUGGCAUUUGCAUUUCGCGUGGGCACCAAAUGGUGUCACGAUUUUCCAAAGUUGGCCAGAGAAUCGGGUUUUUAUUUCAAUAUGCAUAAGUCCAGAGUACGAGUAGAUUGGAAUCGUAUAAGUAAUAUAGACAUUGAUAAAAUUAUAAGAGAAAGAGAUUUCCAUAUAAUUGAUGAUCAUAUAAACAGUGUAAUAGAUUACUGUUUAGAAAGUGAAUAUGAUGUUAAAAUUCUUGAUCCUAGUUUUGUAAAACUUUUCCGCCUUGCACAAUUAGCUGUCGAAUAUUUAUUGUAUUGUAAAGAAUAUUUAGAUCAUAGUGUAAUAAUAUUAAAAGAUGAGUUGAAACUAAAAAUUGAAGAGAAUGUUAAAUUAAAAAAGGAAGUAGAUACUUUAGAGGAAGUAGUAAAACAUUUAAAAGAGAGGGCGAAGGAUAGGAGUAAGUUAAUAGAAACUAAAAUUGGAGACUGUAAUGGUGAGAUUUUUAAGUGUCCCCAUUGCGCAAAAACUUUUAUAUCUUCAAUGUUCCUAAGUGCUCACAUUUUACGAAGACAUGCAUAUGUGUCCGAUUUAUGCAUGACUUCAUCUCCCAUACAUGACCAUUAUCGUAGUGAAACAGAAAAACUACAUAAUGAGAUAAAGAAUUUGAAAGAAAGAUUGAAUGCAACAGAAAGAGUAAUAAGGAAUGAAUCAGAAACAGUUUCUGAUAUAAAAAGGGUAGCACCUUAUGAUAGAAGAUUAUCUGAAAAUGAAAUUGAAAAUAUUAAAUAUACUGUUAAUAAAUCUGAAGAAAAUCAAGGGUUUAAAGAAUAUCAAGAGGAAAUAAGAAAUUUAAAAACUAUGUUGUUUGAUGAAAUUCAUAACUUAAAACAGAAAGAGAAGUUGCUUUCUGAGAAGACUUCGGAAACAAAUGUACAAACACUGAUGAAUCAACAAGAAAAAGAGUUUCAGAAAUUAAAGAAUCAGUUGUUUGAAAGAUUAACUCCAGAUAUAGAAAGUAUGCAAGCUAAAUUACAUACACAGGAAAAUUAUUGGAAGUCUAAGAUUGAACAAUUAGAAAAUCAACAUCAUAAAGAUGUUGAGAAACUUACAAUGGAAUUAAAACAAACACAGAAAGCAGCUGAUGACAUGAGAAGUGAAUAUGAAGUUAAAGUUAGUGAUUUGGAGCGACAAACUGCAAAUCAGUCGAAUAUGUUAACUGAACAAAGUAAACAGUUACAUUCUUUAUCAAAUGAAAUAUGUAUAAAUGAAAGAAAUAAAUAUUUUGAACAAUUAACUAGCAAAAGUGAUCAACCCACGACAUUAAAUGAAUCAAAAAUAACUGUCAAAGAAUCGGAUAAACAUGAUCUGAAACAAAAGAGCCAUGUAAACGCGAAAUCGGAAUCAGCAACUGUAAAGAAUAUAAAUAAAGCAUUAAGCUCACAUUUGCCGAAAGAACUAUUCCCAGCGACACAGAAAAAUAAAUUUGUAAAACUUGUUGAUACAUCGAAGUCUGCAAAUAAAAGUAUUACAUAUGGAAAUAAAAGGAGUAUUAAACAACAAAAUAAGGAGAUAAUAAGACGUAAAAAGUUGGAUGGUAAUGAAAAGGACAUGGUUAAAGACUUAAACGACUCCAUUUCAAGCAACGAGUCAGAGUCCGAAGAUUCAAUAUCGGAAAAGGAAUCUGGUCCUGAACCAAGGUUCAUAAAUCGUAGCGUAAAUGAUCACUUAAUUAUAAAUACUGGGUUGAAUGAAUCUGGUACAAAAAAGUUGGAAAGUAUGUCUACUGGAGAUAUACAAAAUAGGUAUUUAUCCAGCACAAAGAAUGGCAAACCAUCAGAAUCCUUAGAAGAUGAUCUAAGUUCUGAGACACAUUCAGAAUCAGUUACUUCUGAUUCAUGCACUCAAUCAGAAUCAGGAAGUAUCACUAUAGUUGACAAUAAUUCUCCAAUAAAUAAACAUAAAACAUAUCCAUCACUUCAUUUGAAAUCUAAGAAAAAGAUACAGCAUUAUACAUCCCAUAAGAGAUUGCGGGCAAAUAUAUUAGAUGCAUUUGAACAAAAAAUAAAAGAUCUAGGAAUAGAUCCAGAAUGGCAGGGAAUACCAAACGCUACAUUUAAUCAAAAAAUGGGCAUUCUAAAUCACCAUCAAAAAAUUUCUAUAAAAAAAUUACCAAAGUAUCGUGAGAUUAAAUCAAAAAUAAUUGAGGAAGUUCUUAAGGAAAUUUCUAAAGAGGGAAAAGUAAUGGAAAAUUGUAAACAUCUGAAAAAAGAAUCUUUAGACAAAUUAGAAGCCAAUACUAAAUCAACGCCAAUGAAAGCUUUUAACGAUGAAAAAACUUAUGGAUCUUAUAUUUCGACAUUAAAAACGCGCGAUGCAUCACACCGUAAAUUAUAUUUUUCUUCAGAAAAUGAUAGCCCCAUUAGACACGUAAGUGAAAAUGAAUUAUCAUCUGCAAAAUCUGCAAAAAUUUCAAGUUAUAAAGAUGUAGAAAGCCCAAUAAAAGUAUCUCCGAAUUUAAUAAAAUCUGGAGAAAACAUACAACAGUCACGAAAUUCUUUGGACAAAAUGAAAGUAUUGUUUGAGUCUGCGCAGCAUAAAAUGAUAAAAGAUAAUAUAAACGUAUCAGAUGUUGCAACGCUUCAAAAUGAAGAUGCUGAUAAUUCGAAUAUGCAACCGGUAGCGCAAAAUACGUCCAUAUCUCCAAAACAUAACAGGAGUGUAUUAAAAUCUACAAAUGGAUCGACCAGUAGUUUAAGAAAAAAGAAAGUGAUUUUCGAUUUAAAAAAUGAAGCAGAUUCAGAAACUUCACUCACUUAUGAUAAUAAAGAAGAUCAAUUACAUAAGACAAGCUGGGAUAUUUUAAGUGCUUUUGACGAGAAAAAACAUUCAGUAGAUAGAGAAAACUAUAAGAAUACGAGUAGUAUUGUAUUAAAAACUGCUCAAAGUGAUAAAAUUGUAGAGUUAUCAAGGAAACUCGAAGAACAGUUGAGUAUGGUGAGGCAUAAACCUGUAGGAUCAGUCGAAACAAUAUUUGCAUCGACGUAUGGACAGGAUAAACAAAGUCGAAAUAACGACAGUCAAGAAAUAAUUUCUACAAAUGCUGGUUAUCUUUUUGAAAGUCCAGUGAAAGCGUCAUUAUACAAUCCUAAGUUAUCAAAUGAUUCAGUACCGCAACCAGCACCGCGUAAUUUAAAGGAUAAAACAUUAGAAACUCUACACGUGGAAUCAAUAUCAGAAAUUUCAGAUUUAGAGUCUGAAAUUAAUGAAAUCUUAAAAUCAGAAUAAACAUCAGUAAUUUUGUGUUCAAGCUGAAGAAUUUGUAAAAUGAAGAGUCAGUGCGAAAUAGUGCCUUGAUAAAAAUUAAUAAUAUCGCUGUGUGAUAAUUUUUUAUAACUCCGUCUAGUCUAUAUAACCAAAAAGACAAUCAUUGUGUAAUAUAAAAUCA